AUGGUCACCACCGCCGUCGCCGACAUCCCCACCGUUGAGCUCCUCUACAAGAUCGGCCAGAUCCAUGCCAACCCGAAGGCCAUCUUCCCCCACAAUACGUCGCAUAACCAAAAAGUCGCCGUUGUUCGAGGCGACAUCACCACCCUCGCCGUCGAUGCAAUUGUCAAUGCCGCGAAUAAGAGUCUUCUCGGAGGAGGCGGCGUCGACGGCGCGAUCCACCGCGCAGCCGGCCGGGGACUGCUCCAGGAGUGCAGGACCCUGAACGGAUGCGCCAGCGGUUCUGCCAAGAUCACGGGCGCCUACAACCUCCCCAGCAAGAAGAUUAUCCACGCCGUCGGCCCCAUCUACGACGAGCUCAAUCCCGACGACUCCGAAGCGAAGCUUGCGGGUUGCUACAGCACCAGCUUGAAGCUUGCCGUCCAGAAUGGCUGUCGCAGCAUCGCUUUCAGCGCGCUGAGCACCGGCGUUUACGGCUACCCGAGCACGGAGGCGGCUCCCGUUGCUGUCGAGGUUGUCAGAGAGUUCCUUGACGGAGAGGAUGGCGAUAAGUUGGACAAGAUUGUCUUUUGCACCUUUGAGAUGAAGGACGUCAGAGCCUACAACGAGACCCUUCCUUUCUUCUUCCCUCCCGACGACCAGCCAGCCACCAAGGAGAAGACCGAGGCCAGCCCUUCCAAGAAGGAAACAGAAGAGGCGAAAGCUAUCGCGGCUGAGUUGCCUAGCGUUCCCAAGUCUGACCCUUCUCAUUUGGGGGCCUUUUUUGGCAACUAUGAUCGACCUCGAACUUUCUUUGGGUUCCUUCCUUCCCUGCAAACCUUCGUAUCCCGUCGGUCGAAUACUCAAAUUGCCCACGUGACCCACGUAAAUCCAACUUCAAUGUCAAAGAAACAUACGAUAGAGCUCCCGGUUCAUAAUUCUUUCUUCUUCCAUAUUGGAUUAGCAAGAUGCACCAUGCUUGUCCUGCAUCGAGGGAUUCCUCCAGUUGCGAGGUCAAAAGCUGCCCAUAGAAAGAUUGAAAAUUGGUGGGGAAUGCCGAGAUAUGCUCCCCAUUAUCGCGUGGCCGGGCCGAGAGCAUCGCCAGGCACAGAUGAGAUGAUGAGAUCACCCUUGACCGUUGCCAAUGGUGUGAAUUGCGACACUGACACGGCACUUCAGGUGUUAUUCCCAUGUCCCAACGGUCUACAGACCAACGGGCCAACGGUAACGCUUCCCGUCUCGCAGCUCGUAACCCCCCAUCCGUCGCGCGAGAACCCCUCUACCUUAUUUGACCUUUGGGCGAGGAAUUCCGAGUCUCUAAGAGGCCCUACAUCAACGACUUUCCAACUUCGGUCGCGUCCAAUAUCGGUAGGAAAACGAGUGAGGCACUGCUCCCCGACCUACCGCCGCUCGGGUGCAGAUAUGCAGGCCAAGAGUUGCGGCAACUGGGCUCCUCCUGUGAUGAGAGCAAUACAAGCUCAUGCGAUUGGGAUGAACGCCCACUCGACAUCCGAUGGUGACAUCGACAGUCUCCAGAAAGCGACAACGGAGUGGUAUAAGAGACGCGCCGCCGCAGUCUGCGGGCGGUCGGGGAUGCGCAAGAUGCGCAGCUCCUCAAUUGCCGUGCCGGCUUUGCUGGCCAGCGCAGCUGAUCUCGCUGUCGCGCAAUUCCCCAACUCGACGAUCCCCGGCAACAGCUCUGAGCCUUGUGCUGCCGUGAGCGCUGCUUGGGCUUCGCAGCACGCGCGUGCUCCGACUGUUGUCCCGACUGUACCGGCUCAGUUGGCUUACGACUGCCUCAACUCCGUUCCUCUCGGAAAGGAGGCAGCCAUUGAGCUUGUGGACUCUCUGUUCCCAUACCUCGAGUGGCAGAGUGACGCUGCUUACAAGGCAGAUCCCCCACCAGAGUACGACUUCCCGGCCUACGACCUCUUCGCAGCCGCCUCGAGCAUCAGACAGAACCUGGUCGACGAUGUUUACACCAGCGAAUACGCCUUCCAGUCUGCUCUCUACGAGGAGGUGUUUGGUCCCGGCCACGACGGCCACUUCGUGUACUACCCCGACUUGCUCACGGCGGUGUUUGAGUGGACCCGUCAGCGGGGCUUGGUCUCCAUUAGCGAGGAUGGCUCAUCUCUGCCAGUGAUCAAGAUCUACGAGGAGGUCAUCUCUACGCCUGAGACUGCGUCCGCAGUCAAGCUCAUCAACGGCAUCGAGGCUUCCAAGUUUCUCGAGGACACCGUCAACAAGGCCAACUGGAACCGUGAUGCUAACUCCGCCUACAACUCCAUGUUCUUUGAGAAGUCUGGACAGGCCACCGGAAUUGGCAACGGCUACUUCAGCUCUGGCGGUCGCGCCAACACGACUCUUACUUUUGAGAACGGCACCGAGGUCACCUUUGAGAACCAUGCACGGGUUAAGAAGGAUCUCACCGGCAUUGUAGACGGCCCCUCCUUCUACGCCAAGUUCUGCAACCCUCUCAGCCCGGCCUCCGGCACCCCGUCCGGCACCUCCCCUUCCAAUGCCUCCACCCCUAUCCUUCCAGGUUACCCUGAACCCGUCGUCACCACCAGCGACGGCGUUGUGUCCGGCUACUACCUCGAGGGCGAAGGUUUCGAGGACGUUGCCGUCAUUGUCCUGACCGCCUUCGAGAACGAGAGCCCUGCCGAGUUCCAAAAGGUUGCCCAGGAUUUCUACACCGCCGCCCUCUCCGCCGGCAAGACCAAGCUCGUCAUCGACUUCCAGCAAAACGGCGGCGGCUACAUCCUUCAGGGUUAUGACUUCUUCCGCCAGCUGUUCCCCGAGACAGACCAAGAUGGCUUCUCCCGCUGGAAGGAGAGCGACGGCUUCGUUGCCGCGGCCCAGAUUGUCUCCGACAUUGUGGCUGAUGUGGACAUCUACACCAGCGAUGAUGAGAACCUGAUUUCCCUGGCUGAGAGCUGGUUCAACUGGCGCUACGACUACAACCUCACCAACCAGCCCUUCACCUCCUACGAGGACAAGUUCGCGCCCCAGGUCUUCCAGAACACCUCCUACACGGACCUCAUGCGCUGGAACCUCAACGAUCCGCUGACUACCACCAACGCCACCUUCGGUCUUGGUAUCGAGAUCCACGGGUACGGCAACCUCACCGGGAUUCCCCAGCCCUUCGCCGCUGAGAACAUUAUCAUCCUCUACGACGGUGUCUGCGCUUCUACCUGCACCCUGGCCUCCGAGUUCCUCCGCCUCCACGGCGGCGUCAAGUCCGUCGCUUUCGGCGGUCUCCCGGUUGAGGGGCCCAUUGAGGGUGUCGGCGGCAUCAAGGGCUCUCAGGUCCUCGACUGGAGCAACAUCUAUGGCUACACCGAGUUCCUCCUUCCCUACGCCUCCACCGACGAGCAAAAGGCCGCUUUUGCUCGCUACACCGACCUGCCCUUGAACCGCAGUCUCGCGGCUGCCGUCAACGUCCGCGAUCAGAUCCUGAGGGACAACGUGGAUGAUGGUAUCCCUGCGCAGUACGUCCGCGAGGAGGCCGACUGCCGUCUCUACUGGACUCUGCCCAUGAUCAAGGACGUCACCGAGAUCUGGAAGGCUACUGCAAACGCUGCGUUCAACGGUGGAAAGUGUGCUUACGGAGGUAUUGCUAAGCGCGAUGUUUCUGCCAAGGCGGCUGUCAAGCGCAGCGAGUACUUGGCUGCUUCGAGCCUCAAGGAGAGGGCUACCCCUGUCCGCCGUGAUGAACCGGUUGCCAAUGAUCGCUUCUGGCAGGACAAAUAUUUGUUGAAGGCUAUUGACUAA